AUGCGCAUGCGGUGCCUCCAGAAGCACGGCAGCGUCGGGGGCGCCUUCGCCAGCGUCGAGGAGGGGGACUGGACUCACCCGCUGUCCUUCGACGGCUUCAGGGACGCCGUCCACGAGAUGGGGCUGGUCGCCCGCGACCGCGACAAGGUAGACAAGAAGCUCUCGCAGGUCCGCCAGCUCGCGGUCUCCCUCGGCGCGGAUGCCUCCGUGACGUCGGCCUCCUUCGAGGCGAUCGGACAGAAGCUGGAGAACAUCUUCGAGCUGCUGGACACCAGGACAGAAUUCUGGCACGACGACCGUGGCGGAGCUCUUCGUGGCGCUGCAGGCGUGCGGCGCCGGCAACAACGUGCGCCUGUCGCCUGA